UCGAAACUUACUACAAUUUCACAGCAUUCGGGGUUUCCUUUUCUUCAAAGUCUAACCCCUCUUUUUCUGUCCGUAAGAAGUCGAACCCUACUCCUAAGUCGAACCAUCACGAGGGUGCGAUGCAGGCCAACUUUUGGAAUUUGAUUAACACAUCCGUUCGGCCAGUAUGUGUCAAGCGUGUUGUCAGCCCCGUGUUCUCAAUAGCCCAGCAGCGAAGGUAUGCAAGUUCCGUGGAUGCUGACAUUGUAAUAAUUGGAUCUGGUCCCGGAGGCUAUGUAGCUGCUAUAAAGGCAGCCCAGCUGGGCAUGAAAACAGUCUGUGUUGAAAAAGAUCCGACAUUGGGUGGAACGUGCCUCAAUGUUGGGUGCAUCCCUUCGAAGUCACUUUUGAAUAAUUCUCAUUACUACCACAUGGCUCAUAGCGGUGAUUUGCAAGAGCGUGGAAUAUUGGUUGACAAUGUAAAGUUGGACCUGGAUAAGCUCUUGCAGCAAAAAUCAAACGUAGUGAAAGCUCUAACGAGUGGAAUUGCCGGGCUUUUCAAAAAAAACAAAGUAGAAUGGGUAAAGGGGCAUGGAAAAAUCACUGGAAAAAAUCAGGUCUCUGCAUUGAACCCUGAUGGCUCAGUUGGGACCACGAUUAACACAAAGAAUAUCGUGAUUGCUACUGGUAGCGAAGUCACACCGUUUCCUGGAAUUGAGGUAGAUGAAAAACAAGUAGUUUCUUCAACUGGCGCUCUGUCCCUGAAUCCGGUACCCAAGCGGUUAAUUGUUAUUGGUGCUGGUGUCAUCGGUCUUGAGCUGGGUUCAGUCUGGCAAAGACUGGGGUCGGAUGUAACGGCGGUUGAAUACAUGACUUCCAUUGGUGGUGCUGGCAUUGACGGAGAAGUCAGUAAAACUCUUCAAAAAAUUUUAGGAAAACAAGGUCUGAAGUUCAAACUUGGAACUAAAGUAACAGGGGCUACUAGAUCAGGUGGUGAGAUCAAAGUCGCCAUUGAGGACGCUAAGGAUCCCAGUAAAAAAGAGGAAUUACCUUGCGAUGUCUUACUUGUAUGCGUUGGCAGAAGGCCCUACACUCAAAACCUUGGUCUCGAAGAUAUCGGUAUUGAAAGGGACGAAAAAGGAAGGAUCCCAGUGAAUAAUAGAUUCCAAACUGUCAUACCUAACAUCUACGCUAUCGGAGACUGCAUUCAUGGACCUAUGCUGGCGCACAAAGCUGAAGAUGAAGGAAUCAUUACCGUUGAGGGAAUUGCUGGAGGUGCUGUGCAUAUCGACUAUAAUUGUGUGCCAAGCGUUGUCUACACCCAUCCAGAAGUUGGUUGGGUAGGCAAGACAGAGGAGGACUUGAAAAAAGAAGGCAUCGAUUACAAAGUUGGAAAGUUCCCAUAUUUGGCCAAUUCCAGGGCUAAGACUAACUUGGAAACUGACGGGUUUGCCAAAGUUCUAGCUGAUAAGAAUACUGAUAAGAUUCUUGGAGUUCAUCUCGUUGGCCCAGCAGCUGGAGAACUUAUCAACGAAGCUGUUCUAGCAAUGGAAUACGGCGCCAGCGCUGAAGACGUCGCGAGAGUGUGUCACGCCCAUCCAACAUGUGCAGAAGCUCUAAGAGAGGCGCAUUUAGCCGCAUAUUUCGGCAAACCCAUCAACUUUUAAUCGAACUGACCCAAGGAUGAAAAAUGUAUGAAACAUCGUGAUCGCUCAUUACGACUAUUGGAUAGUUCGAGUUAUAAUAUCAAUAUCACGUCGUAGGCAUUAGCUAAAAGCAAAGCAAUCGAUGCCAUCAAGUAACCGGAAUAAAAACGUUGUAAAUAAAGUUAACUAAAUAUCGUUACACAGCAGGUCUAGUAAACCCCAUUGUAACAGUCAUACCAAUGUACUAUCACAUCAACUCUAUCUAUGUAUUUAUUAAAAUCUGAUAUUAAAGUCCACCGGCUUAUCAGAGCAUGUGGGAUAAAAAAUA